UCGAGCUCUUCUUGCUCGGGGACGAUGAGAAGAAGAUCGAGGAGAAGGUCUACUCUGGUUCGUGCUCCCUCGUCGCCGGUAUUGUGCAAGGCUGACUGCGUUCUGAAGGCAUGUCGAACACGUCAGAUUUCAUCUUGAAGAAAGAGGAUCACACACUUGGCAAUUUGCUGUCAGAGCACCUCAAGGCACACCCUCACGUCUACAUGGCUGGUUACAAAAUCGCUCACCCGAAUGUACCUGAACUAUUUAUUCGUGUGCAGACAGACGGAACGAUGACACCAAAAGACGUCUUUGUGGAAGUCUGCGGCAAGCUGAUCAACCAACUCGAAGAGCUGAAGAGGAAAUUCCUCACUGAAUGGGAAUUGCGUCGCGUGGUGGACCAAGGAGAGCAGGGCAACAUGAUGUGAAAAAGAGGGAGGGUGUCGGUCGAUCUAUCACACGUCGGAGUUUGGGGAUUUUGUUUUCUUGGAGUUGGGUGUCGUGGUCUCCUUAGAUGGCCAGGGUCACAGACUACGCGAGUCUUACCGCGUC